AUUCCCGUAAAAGGUGACAUUGCUAUUGAGAAUCUGGAUUUGUCAGACACCGAUAGAAACAUGCUAAUCCAGAAGACGUCUGUAAUAUUCCAUAUAGCGGCGAACGUGAGAUUCGAUAUUACUCUGAGAAUGUCGGUGCUCCAGAACGUAAAAGCUACAAGAGAUAUAUGUAUUUUAGGUGAACAUAUGAAGAAUCUAGUGGCUCUCGUGUAUGUCAGCACGGUAUACUCACAACUCGACAAACACGUUAUUGAUGAAAUCGUGUAUCCAGCGGAAGUCGAUUGGAAGAAAAUGAUUCAAGUCGUCGAGACUUUGGACGAACAACUGUUGGAAGUGUUUAAGUCAAAGUAAGUAUAGAAACCGGUAUCUACGCUGU